AUGUCCCCAGGAACUGGUAGUAGCCAAGGGAGCGGUCUAACAACUCAAUUCUUGCUUCCAAAAGACGCCGUUGAUACCCACGUACAUGUAUUUGACCCAAAACUAGGGCCAUAUGCUGCUGGACGAGCCUACACCCCCGAGGACGCGCCACUAAAAAAGUUGAUCGCGUUCAACAAAAGCCUCUCGGCAGAUUCUCAGAAUACUAAAUUGGUUCUUGUCCAACCGUCUCCUUAUAAGUAUGACUGCUCUAUUAUGAUCCAAUGCCUGCGAAUGUUGAGAAAUAGAGACAGCGGGGCAUUCGGAAUUGCUGUACUGGACCUUGACACCACCACCGAUGCACAAUUGAAGGAAAUGCACGCCCUCGGUGUACGUGGUAUCCGACUGAACUUCCAGGCGGAUGGUAAGGAGGUCAGUACUGACAGAUUGGUGGCAACUUUGCACCAGACUGCGGAGCGCAUACGCUACUUACCUGGUUGGAUGAUCCAGGUAUUCGUCCCAGGGUGGUCAUGGGAUGAUUUACAUGACGUGAUUCUCCAUCUUCCAGUCAAGGUUAUCGCCGACCACCUUGGUGGUAUGCUUGGCCCAACCAGGCUUUCUACGGAUUUACAGUCAGCGCCAACGUCGCAACCUGGUUUCAAAUCCCUGUUGUCGCUCGCGAGAAAUUCUCAGGUGAUUGUGAAGAUCUCUGGCUUAUAUCGCAUGUCCACCGAUAUUUCGUCCAACUUUGAAGAUCUACAGCCUAUCAUCCAGAAAUUCGCCCAAGAAAUUCCGGACCAGAUUAUUUGGGGAAGUGACUGGCCACAUACAGGGGAUGGACAUGACAGAGUGAAUGGUUCCUUGGAAGUUAAAGAGCCUUUUCGAGUGCUGGAUAAUCUCGCCAUUCUUGAGAAAUUGCAUGGGUGGAUGGGAAGUAAUGUCUACGACAGAAUGCUUGUGAAAAAUCCUGGUCGUAUAUAUUUUGAUUAG